GGGGUAAGGUUCCACCAGACCAUACACUCAUCAAGUCAGCACCUAGAGUUGUCUCCCAUGGACUCUUCUUUGCUAUGUGUUUCUUCGCUGCCUUUGGUAUUGCCUUCGGGAUAUUUUGUAUAAUGUUCAACUUCCUAAACAGACAACGCAGGUGCAUUGCCUACUCUCAGCCAAGUGUAAACAAUGUGACGGUGUUUGGCUGUAUUCUCUGUCUCCUGUGUAUCCUUCUGUUGGGGCUAGAUAACCAGUUCAUCUCCCCGGAACUCUACCCCCUCAUAUGUCAGCUCAGAGCAUGGAUGCUCUCCCUUGGUUUUACAUUUGCGUAUGGAGGUAUGUUUUCCAAAAUCUGGACAGUCCACAGAUUGACCACUGCCAACAAAAAGGAUAGAAAGGUGGUGAGGCGGUGUGAACUGUUUACUGUCCUGAGUGUAAUACUGACCAUAGACAUAGCAGUGCUGACCACCUGGCAGGUACUGGACCCUCUAUACCGAGAGGUGGAAAUAUUUGAGAAAGAAGAUCCAAUAGACACGGACGAGGACAUCAAACUUCAACCAGAACUAGAACACUGUACUUCUAAAAAUAUCUCCAUCUGGCUAGGUGUUAUAUAUGGAUACAAAGGAAUAUUGUUACUAUUUGGAAUAUUUCUUGCCUAUGAGACGAGGAGCGUCAAGCUGAAACAAGUCAAUGACUCUAGAUUUGUAGGCAUGUGUAUUUAUAAUGUGGUG